CAGAAAAAGAAAAAGACGAGGCAAAAGCGUUGCCAGAAACGAAAUUCUGCGAUCGUCAGUUCGCACGUUGUGAUUUUUAGUUGAAGAAUCCGAGUAGAAAGGAAGAACAGUAUGGCAAGCAGUCCAAGGGACAUUCCAAACGCCAGGGCCCAAACCAAGCCGAACGGUAAUAACCCCAAUCUGGUGCCGUCAACUGUAGCCUCAGCCAACAUGGAACACAGGCCUGCCAAGAUUGCUGUGAUCGUCGUCACUUUGAUAAUAUUCAUUGUGACCGCUGUCCUAAACGCUUACGCCAGCGAACCUGAAAGCAGUUCGGGUAUCUACACAGCCACCAUGUCAAAUGUAUCUAAUGAGUUUAUGACUGGGGUCACUCCAGCUCGAUGGACCUUUGGCAUCUGGGGAGUAAUCUACUUCUGGAUGGCUGCCUGGAUCAUCUACUGCCAUGCUGCUAUCUUCAUUAAAUGGGAUGGUGAUUACUUGUAUAAACAUGAUGUAUUUGCACCUAGCAUCUUUUUCAUCCUUUACAGCAUCAACUUGAUCCUCAAUUUCACUUGGCUCAUUCUCUUUGACAGAAAGCAAAUUGUUGCUGCUCUCUUUGUUCUCCUUGCAUUGGCAAUAACUGCCGUUGCAUGCCUAUGCAUAGCUAUGUACGCGUUCAAGAAGGGAAUGCAAAACAUAGCCCGAGAGGAAUUCAAGCUUCACUUCUGGCUCAUCCAACUCCUAAUGUUCAACGGCAUUGCCUGUUAUGCUACAUGGUUGACCGUAGCCACAAACCUGAAUCUCAAUAUAGCUCUGACUUAUGCAUGGGGCUUUAAUGGAGAUACAGUUAUCCUUAUCAUCCUGCUUUUUAUUGGUGCAGCAAUUAUUUCAGCAGACAUGAUUAUCUUUGAGAAACAUACUAUUUACGUCAUCACACCUUAUAUAGUACUGGUGGUUGCCCUCUAUGGCGUUGUUGAUGAACAUGUUGAUAUAGAGGACUUGUCUCGUAUUGGUAUAUUCAUGAUAGUUGUACUGGCCCUCUUCUGUGGUGGUCUUCUAUAUAAAAUUGUUUCAACAAUUUGGAAUCACUUCCGAUGUCGACGGCCUGCAGCACUAAUCUAGAACAGCUUCCUCAAGUCUUUGUCUCUCACCCAUUUCUUUGCUUGCACUAUUUUUAAUUCUAUAAAAACUCCUGGUAACCAAGAUGGUAUUUUAUUCGGGCUUUCUCCGCCAUUCUUAGCUUCUUCUGUCUCUUUCUCAAUGGUAUCAUUUCCCAUCAGUAAAGCUUUGUCAUUUUAAUCUCAUCAAAAACAUACAUACAAAAAAAUUUUAUUUUUUUAAUGAGUAAUUACUAUAUUUAGUGGCAUACACUUACUUCCAAAGAAAUAUUGUCUCAAAGUAUCAUCCAGGGUCUACAUGCUUUAAUACACUAAAUGCUUUUUUUUCUGACCAUGUGCUGUCAAAAUUGGGAGUGCAUUUAAGAUGGUCAAGUGUCUUUUAUGCCAACAAAUACAUUACCUUAUUAUUGCUUUUAUUUCGGAGUUUUGGGAGUAUUUUUGGGUUUUUUGGUUUCAACUAGAAAGACAAGUUGCUUAAUUUCUUCGAUUAUGGAAUAUUAAGUGCAAAUUGUUAAAAUUUAUAGAUUUGCACUUUGUAUUUUCUGAAAGCUUGCAACUUUCACAUCAUUCUUCAUUUGUUGCUUCAAUCAAUUUCACAAUCUUCUUAAUUACCUGUCCUUCACCUUGACAUAAUAAUGGCUUCGCUCUCUUUAACUCAAUUGUCUCAAUUCUGACACAAAUUACAUACACUAAAUUACUGAAAUGUCUUUAACUCAAGUUAAAAGUGUGUGUAGAUGUGUGUGUGUGUGUGUGUGUGUGUGUGAAGGCAUGUGGCCUACUAAUUAGGGAAUUGCACUCACGAAAGCUAGAUUGUGGGUUCAAUUCCUGGACUAGGUGGUACAUUGUGUUUUUGAACAAGCAAUUCAUUUCAUGUUUCUCUAGUUCACUCAGGUGCAAAUGAGUCACCCUGCAAUGGGCUAGCCUCCUAAUCAGGGGGAAUGUUGCCCUGUUUGCUUAGCUAGUGGGGUAGCAAUGAAUUGAUUGCAUCGCAAUCCUUAACAUUUACGUAUUAACUUUGUUGGGUGCUUUACUAGCAGUAUAUUGGAUAUAUGUUAUCCCAUGGAGGGUUGCAUUUACAACCCUAUCUCAAUUUGUGUAUAUAUAUAUAUAUAUAUAUAUAUAUAUAAUGUGUGUUUUUAUGUCAAGAGAUAUAUAAAAACCAUUUAACAGUAAACUGAAGAAUUGUUUAAUAUUUUAUAAUUGAGUAAAUGUUUGUUAAAUUUUUACAAAGAAGAGGUUAACAGUAACUUUGAAGUUUUGGUUUGUUCACCUCUGUCAGACUGUCUGACAAAGGUGAGGAAACCAAAACUUCAUAGUUACUGUUAACCUUUCCCUGGUAAAAGUUAUACACACACACACAUAAAUAUUGAGUCAUUGUUGAGCAAUUGAUGUUUUCAUUAUAGGUCUGUUUAAUCAGGGUUGACUUGGUGCUAUACACGACAUUUCUAUCUCAUCCAUCAUCUGGCUUUCCUCUCUCAUCAUAAUGUCCAUUUAAAGCCAGUGAAAGAGGGAACCACCAUUCUGCAAAUUGUUCUGGUUUUAUCUGAGAUUAUUCUAACUCUUAACAUUGUUAUCGUUGGGCUUGUGCUGUCCAAAUCUCACCAUGCUUGAUUUUGUUUUUCAACUUGCCAGGGUCAAUAAAAUAAAUACCUGUCUGUCAUGUACUGAUUUCAGUUUAGCCAACCAUGCCCUUCCCUUACAAAUUUGUAUAAUUGUAUUCCUACAAUUAUUAUUAGCAGCUUUUAUUUUUCUAAAGUCAGUUUUUCUCAUAACUUUUCCUUUUCUCUCAAAGUCAUCUAUUUUUAAUGUAUUGAUCUUUUCUAAAUUACUCAAAGCUGAAGAGAAUUCCUUUUAAUCCUUUCCAAUAUGAUUCUCAAACAAUAAAGAUGGAACACGGAACUAGAAAUCGGGAAAUUCUUUAACCCAUUUUGGACCAUAUUCCUAAAAAACAAAAAAGACGCUGUCCAAUUUGUUUUUGAGCUAAAUUUAAAAGCAAUUAAUUAAACAAAAUUACGAUAUUUGCUGGUAUAUAAGACACACUCUCAUGUAAGAUGCAUCUCUAUUUUACAAAUAUAUUUUGCAGAGAAAAACACAUGUUUCAUCACAAGCUUAUUUGAAGACAUUUUUAGAUUUUGUGGGCAGGGUGGGGCAAUGCAUGAUUCUGUGCAAGUAGAUACAAUACGGUGGCAGUAUACAGGAAUAAAGUUUGGAACUAUAAAUAAACUGUUAUAUAAGUAUUGUAUUUCAAAUUUAUCUCGCUUUAGUUCGUGUGUAUAUUUGUUCAAAAAACUGAUUGUGAUGUUUUGUGUUACAACAAUCUGCCACCAGGGUGCUGAACCACUGCUAUGAUUCUGGUGUCAUCCACUCAUUGCAAAAUCCUGAUGGGCGCAUGAAAGGUUAACGAAACACUCCUUUCAUCUUUCUUGGGGAAUUUCCACUUAAAUGGUAACAAAAAGAAACAUUCUUCAAUGUAACGCAGUCCUUAAAUAAUACAAGACAUAUAUCAGGUGUGGGUUAUGCAUGCAGGGGGAAGGAUGUAUGAGUUGAUGUAACCACUUCACAGGGGCAGUUUUUUUUUAAUAAGUUUAGAAAUAAAAAAAAAAAACAUUUCUUAUACACUGGCAAAUACCAAAACAUUUGUUUAUCAAGUUGGUUUUUGGAA